AUGGGGAUAAGACCAGACCACAAGGUCUUAGUUGUACUCGAUCAUGGCCCUCGUUUUGCUAAAAGCUCUGAUAAUGUUGGUAAAUGUGAUAAAUCUUUAUGGACAUGGUGCAUUGAAGCGACAUUGGAACUGCAUCGGACUGUCUCUGAUCUUUUCCCGCAGGAACAAGAUCGUUCAUGUUCUCGUCUGCUUCGACUCGUCCUUGUUGAUUAUGUAGGUCGUGUGCUCCAACCUCAUUGGGGUACAGAACUUUUAUUAAAUGCUCUUUCUGCAACUGGUCUGCCUUCAACUAAUGAUGAUAACGAAGGUGCAGCUAUUAGUGGACUCACACUGGCCAUUGAAGCGCUCAGUCAACUUAGUGAUGCCCAAUUGGAACGGAAUCGAAGAGAGAUAGUUAGUAAACGUGAGUCUUGA